UUUGAAUUGGCUGGUUCCAUCUUCUCACCUGGCAGGUGAGGCGUCAGUGGGAGGGUUCGCCAAUGACCUCCGGUGGCUUUUGUCCAGCCCUAUGGCUCUGGGCAGGAAAGGCUGCUCUGCGAGCCUCUCACAGAGCGUUCACAGGAAAUGGCUGCUAGCUUCUACGUCCCUGCAGGUCAGGUGAGGUCUGUUGACACCAACGACCCUGAAGAAGAAGUCUCUGCUCCUCGGCCUGGGGAGGCGGGCUGGUGACCGCGCCUGAAACACAGCAACAAGCUCCUGGACGGCGAUGGGGAGCAGAAAGGAGCUUCCAGCAACUCCGGGUUCAGGCUUUGUAGGGGAGGCUCUGCUGAAUGCCCCGCUACGCGCGCGCUCAGCUCUUUGUGGGCAUGGGGCAGCGGCUAGGCACUGAGUGGGGGAAAAAGCCUUCCUGGCAGCAUCAGCUUUGCGCUUUCCUUCUGUCUCUCUAUACAACUCUAAGUCAUUAAUGGUGGCAGCCUCACCCUUCCUCUACCCCCUCCUCUACUCGAUUGUCUUCUUACCCACAGGGAAGCCCCGGCUCCGAGAACCGGAGCCGCUGAGCUUCCGCGUGGCCCCGGCAACUUCCCCCUGUCCCCCGGGAACUCUCUGGCCAGCCGCCCAGCCCUAGUUGGGGUUCUGGAGUGGAGACAGACACUCCGCCUGCCCCCCCCGCCCCGCCCGCGCACACCUGCGGUUCCAUUUUCAAGUGAUGGCUUUGGUGAUGUCGCCAGUCACCCCGGCCUCCGGAAGAGAAGGACAAACAGACUGACAGCAGUGACCAGCACCACCAAAUCUGGUGUUUCAGGGCCCUCCGCACCGUUUGCCCGCGAAGGGGCGUGGCCCCGGGGGCCCAGCGUGGGAGCCAGACUCAUUCCUGCUCUCAGCAGCGCUGCCCGUCGACAAGGUCUGGGGCGGGGCGGACGGAGCAGUGAUUUAAGAGGCUCGACUUGGAGACAGGAGGACCCGAGCCAAUGGAGACUGCCAGAGACUACGCGGGAGCCCUUAUCAGGCCCCUGGCAUUCGUGGGACUGCAGACCAGGAAGGCCUUGCUGACACCCCUCAUGCAUCCGGCUCGCCCUUUCCGGGUCUCAAACCAUGACCGAAGCAGCCGGCGUGGGGUGAUGGCCAGCACCCUGGAGGAGCUUAUCAGCAAGACUCUGAAUGUCCUGGCUAUCACAGCUGGCCUGGUCACGCUGGUGCUGGAGGAGGAUGGUACCGUGGUGGACACAGAGGAGUUCUUUCAGACCUUAAGGGACAACACACAUUUCAUGAUCCUGGAAAGGGGACAGAAAUGGACCCCGGGCAGUAAGUAUGUCCCCGUCUGCAAGCAGCCAAAGAAGUCGGGAAUAGCCAGAGUCACCUUCGACCUCUACAGGCUGAAUCCCAAGGACUUCCUCGGCUGCCUCAACGUCAAGGCCACCAUGUAUGAGAUGUACUCAGUGUCCUACGACAUCAGGUGCACAAGCGUCAAGGCCAUGUUAAGAAGUCUGCUGCGGUUCCUCUCCUAUGCGGCUCAGGUGGUAGGACAGUUCCUGGUCUACGCAGGCGCACAUAUGCUCCGGGCUCUGGGCGAUACAGAGGAGCAGCCGUCGCCCAAGCCUAGCACCAAGGGCUGGUUCAUGUAAUCAGGUCAAGCUCCGGAGGGCCAGGGGCCCACUUUUCUUGUAAAUUCACUGCCUUUCUGUAGAGGCUGUGGGCAGCCAAAAGAAGGAAGGGGCCUCGGUGGUGCACAGUGCAGGGGGAAAGGAGGCAGACGGGCCCUCUCAGGGCUUUAGGAAGGGACUGUCAGUGGAAUGUCUGGGAGCAGCGUGCAUAUGAAUUAGAUACUUUGCAUCUUUGCCUAUGGUAAUAAAACUGAUCA